CCUGCGCGGCCGCGCGCCUGGCCCGCUCCAGACGCCGCGCAUCCUCUGCCCGCGCCCGGCGCCCCGCGCCCAGCUCUGCGUCCAGCUCCGCGACCCGCUCCUCGCCCGGCCCGGCGCCCCGCUCCCCUCGCCGCGGGCGGCGCGGCCAUGAGGCUGCGGGGACGCGAUCCCCGAGCCGCCCCCGCCUCCAGCGCGGGGGCCGGCGACGCGCGGCGGCUGGCGCCCCCGGGGCGGAACCCUUUCGUGCACGAGCUGCGUCUCAGCGCCCUGCAGAAGGCCCAGGUCGCCGUCAUGACGCUGACGCUCUUCCCCAUCCGGCUGCUGGUUGCCGCCGUCAUGAUGCUGCUCGCCUGGCCCCUGGCGCUUGUGGCCUCGCUGGGAUCCGCUGACCGGGAACCAGAGCAACCCCUGGCCUUGUGGCGGAGGGUCGUGGACGUCCUGCUCAAGGCCACCAUGCGCACCAUGUGGUUUGCCGGCGGCUUCCACCGCGUGGCCGUGAAGGGGCGGCAGGCGCUGCCCACCGAGGCCGCCCUCCUCACCCUGGCGCCACACUCCUCCUACUUCGAUGCCAUCCCCGUCACCAUGACGAUGUCCUCCAUCGUGAUGAAGGCGGAGAGCAGAGACAUCCCGAUAUGGGGAACUCUGAUAAAGUACAUCCGGCCGGUGUUCGUGUCGCGGAUGGACCAGGAUUCCCGCAGGAAGACCGUGGAAGUGAUCAGGAGGCGGGCGCAGUCCAGUGGGAAGUGGCCGCAGAUAAUGAUUUUCCCAGAAGGCACUUGUACCAACAGGACCUGCCUAAUUACCUUCAAGCCUGGUGCGUUCAUCCCAGGCGUCCCUGUCCAGCCGGUGGUUCUGCGCUACCCAAAUAAACUGGACACCAUCACCUGGACGUGGCAAGGCCCCGGAGCGUUGAAAAUCCUGUGGCUCACGUUGUGUCAGUUUCAUAAUCAAGUGGAAAUUGAGUUCCUUCCCGUGUACACCCCCUCAGAGGAGGAGAAGAAGGACCCCACUCUGUACGCCAGCAACGUGCGGCACGUGAUGGCAGAGGCCCUGGGCGUCUCCGUAACUGACUACACGUUUGAGGACUGCCAGCUGGCCCUGGCGGAAGGCCAGCUUCGUCUCCCCGCGGACACCUGCCUUCUAGAGUUUGCCAGGCUGGUGAGGGGCCUGGGGCUAAAACCAGAAAAACUCGAGCGCGAUCUUGACAGACAUGCAGAAAGCGCCAGGAUGAAGCGGGGCGGGAGCUUGACUCUGCCCAAGUUCGCGGCGCAGCUGGAGGUCCCUGAGUCCGAGGCGCUGGAGGACCUGUUUGCCCUGUUUGAUGAGAGAGGCGGCGGGGAGAUGGACAUGCGGGAGUACGUGGUCGCCUUGUCCGUCGUCUGCCGGCCGUCCCAGACCCUGGACACCAUCCAGCUGGCGUUCAAGAUGUACGGGUCGCAGGAGGAUGGCAGCAUAGAUGAGCACGCCCUGUCCAGCAUCCUCAAGACCGCCUUGGGAGUGGCUGAGCUGACCGUGACCGACCUCUUCCGGGCGAUCGACCGAGAGGAGAAGGGCAGGAUCACGUUCGCCGACUUCGAGAGGUUUGCCGAAGCGUACCCCGACUUCGCGGAGGAGUACCUGUACCCCAAGCAGACGUGCUCCCAGAGCUGCGUACAGACGCCCCCGGCUCCCACCCCCAACGGCUUCUGCGCCGACUUCAGCCCCGAAGACUCGGCCGCUGGGGCGGAGGCGUUUCGUAAGAAGCUGGACUAGGACGUAAGGUUCUGGAGAGACGAGGCCGCUCCCCAGCCGCCGCCCCGUUGGCCGUGACAGCGUGCGGGCUCGACGCUCCCACACGCGCUGUCCCUUUCCCGCCCUCGGGCCCGAGUCCUAGAGCAGCACGGGCCGAGGCCGUGGCCGCGCGCGCCCUGACCGGCGUGGUGGGCUCGUGGGGGCGGCUCCCGGGGCUCCCUUCCAGGCGGCACUCGGGGGCCGGCCUGGGCGUUGCUCUCUUUUCACCUCGAGCCUCCCGUUUUGUUUCCAUCCUCUCCCACCGUCCCUGCUGGUCCGCUCCAGGCCGCGCAGGCCGGCGGCUGCCACACGCACCUGAAAGCGGGACGUGUCACCCGCGUUUCGAUUCCGGCACAAAGUCUCUGCCGACCUCGGUGGAAUCGGCGGGCAGAACCGCCAUCUGAUUUUUCAACGUUUCUAUAUUUGCAGGAGCUCAUGAGUAUUUUAUAAACUUCAUUUAGAUACUUCGGGAAACACUCAGCAUUUUUUUACGAAAAGAGAAUUGCUUUUCUACUUCAUCUUCCUUUGAGGGUCAGGGGAUGUUUAUUUAUAGGCCCUUUUCCUGACAGACCCCGAGGCUGUCUGGGGCUUUGAGCUAACUCUCCCUCCGGCCUCUCUCGACCAGGGAACUCCUCUCCAUUGGGGCACCUGGCCCGGAACCACUUUUUUGCCUCCUCGGUCCUUUACAAACCCCCUCUUUUUAUACCAGCUUGGGGUUUGUGUUUCCAUGUGACGUGAUCUACUUCACCAAAGUGUCAGCUCCGAUCAGAGCAUUGAAUGUUGGGGAGAUGAGGUGGGCCAAGUGGAAAUGGGGGGGAGUUCCUGUCUCCCAGGCCAGGGGCCCCAGGGGACGGUGCCGCUCUGGAAGGCCCCGCCUGCGCUGACUGUCCCCCCCCUUCGCACCAGGAUUCUCCGGGCAUCUGGCGCCGGAUGAGCCUUGGGGAAGGAGGGGGUGAGGAGCAGCGGCGACAGGCACUUGGGGCGCCCGGGAGGCCUGGGGGGGCUCCAGUCCCUCUCUGUGUCCGGGGGCGUCAGCGGGGGGCAGCGCCACCGGGCUCGGGGAGGGCUUCCAGGUGCUGCCUUCACUCUCAUGAAACCACCUUGAUCCAUCUCCUUGUGACAUGACUAGAAACCUGUCCUCAAAGCACAAUGACAACCACACACUGAGUUUGUUCCCUGAAGCAAAGCCUCUGGGUCUGUUUGGGAAAUUGUUUUUGAGUUUCUAAGAUGAUUGGAUUUUCUCUUGGGGGCAUCUCCAUAGGAAGUGACCACCAGAGCCAGAAGUACAGGGAAAAUGUUUACUAACUUCCUGAGGCUUGGAGAUGCGCGUGUCUACAGUUAGACGUCAGAAAAGGAAACACCCAUAACUUCCGUUCAUUCCGAAGCCCCUCCUGCCCCGCGCAGGGUGCGGGGUGACUGACAUCAUUCCAGGGCGCUCGCCCGUCAGGCACAGCUUCCCGCACGGCCUUGGUAGCAAACAGGACUGAUUUCAUGAUCGUGGGAUGCAUGGAGUUUCAUUUUUAAAAGAGAAAAACCCACACCUGGCAAUGAAGGAGGUGAACAAGCUGAGAUGUUCUGAGGAAGGGCCUGGGCCCCACGUCUGUGGAUGAAGGGUUUUUGAAUGAAAUGCCACUGUGCGUUUUCAGGAAAAAGUCUCUGAUAAACAGACACUGAAUGGAUGUUUGUUCCUCCUGAUCUUGUUUUCUCUUUCGCAGCGACUUAGGGUCGCGGGCAUCCAGAACUGUGAAUGUACAGAGCUCGGGACUGAGUCCCCGUGUGUGGGCCCAGGAACCACAGAGGCGCCCGCCGCCUGCACAGGCCCUGCCCGGCGUGAGGGGGUGGGACGGGUGCCUCCAGACGAACUCGGGGUUUUCAAUGGAAUGAAUAAAACGCAAAGUCUUACGUACUUGA